AUGCAGCUGCGCAAUGGUCAAGGUAUAGCAGCCAGAGCACGGCUUCGUGACAUGGCCACUCCUACGGUAGCCACUCCGCAGGCCAAGAAGCCGCCUCCUCCUGGCCCUCGAUACCGUUCAAGCGACUCGGUCGAGCGCCUACACAAGCCCUUCAGAUGCCCCGGUUCGGCAACCCGAACCCCAGCUUCGGAUCGCCCUGCUCGGAAGAAGCGCAGGGUCGACUAUGGCGGUGCUGAUGGUGAGACCGACGGCGCUGACAAACCAUACACCAACGCCGACCGCCUCGCCCUCGCCAACCGCGAUGUCAACAGGUUCCCUGUCUUCCAGCCCAAGGACAAGGACAAGGUCUUUAGAAAAGCAUUCUCUGUCCCCUUCGUCAAUAAGUCGGCCGCCAACUAUAACCCCAACCGGCCGCCCCCAACUUUGGGCCUGCGACAAGGUGCCGUGUUCGUGGCCAAGCCAUUGCACGACCCGAGCGGCGAGUUUGCCAUUGUCCUCCAUGACCCAACAGUUGACGACAAGCCGAAGGAGAAGCCGGAGCCGGAAAAGGCCGUGGAGCCCGAGGUCAAGAUCCAGGAACCGCUCGUUCACAAGAGCCUGUCGGAAAUCUUGGGUAUCAAGAAGAAGGUCCAAGGCGAGCACCCGAGGGUCCCUGUAGUCAUCGAUCCGAGACUCGCCAAGGUUCUGAGACCACAUCAGAUCGAAGGUGUCAAGUUCAUGUACAGAUGCGUCACCGGUAUGAUCGACGAGAAGGCCAAUGGCUGCAUUAUGGCAGACGAGAUGGGUCUCGGCAAGACGCUGCAAUGCAUUGCACUCCUAUGGACCCUCUUGAAGCAGUCACCCGAUGCCGGGAAGACCACCAUUCAAAAGGCCAUCGUCGCCUGCCCUUCCAGUCUGGUCCGCAACUGGGCCAAUGAGCUUGUGAAGUGGCUUGGCCCUGAUGCCAUCACUCCCUUUGCCAUCGACGGAAAGGCAUCAAAGGAGGAGCUGACCCGCCAAUUGCGCCAAUGGGCCAUCGCAAGUGGCCGAGCAGUCACUCGUCCUGUCAUUAUUGUUUCCUACGAGACGCUGCGGCUGAAUGUUGAGGAGCUUAAGCACACUCAGAUUGGCCUCAUGCUUUGCGACGAAGGACAUCGCCUGAAGAACGGUGACAGCCAGACGUUCAGCGCACUGAAUAAUCUCAACGUCACCCGGCGCGUCAUCCUCUCUGGUACCCCUAUUCAGAACGACUUGUCUGAGUACUUUGCUCUGAUCAGCUUCGCCAAUCCCGACUUGCUGGGCACUCGUCAAGAAUUUCGAAAGCGAUUCGAGAUACCCAUCCUCCGAGGCCGUGACGCCGAUGCACUGGAGAUCGAUCGUCAGAAAGGUGACGCCUCCACGGCCGAGCUGCUGGGUAUCGUCAACAAGUUCAUCAUUCGCCGCACCAACGACCUUCUCUCCAAGUAUCUCCCUGUCAAGUAUGAGCAUGUCGUCUUCUGCAACCUUGCCCCUUUCCAACUUGACCUGUACAACUACUUCAUCACCAGUCCUAGCAUUCAGGCACUGCUGCGCGGAAAGGGAAGUCAACCUCUGAAGGCCAUCGGCAUACUGAAGAAACUAUGCAAUCACCCCGAUCUGCUCAACCUGAGUGAGGACUUGCCCGGCUCGGAACAGCACUGGCCCGAGGACUACGUGCCGAGGGAGGCACGCGGCCGCGAUCGCGACAUCAAGCCAUGGUACUCUGGCAAGAUGCAGGUGCUGGAUCGUAUGCUUGCACGCAUCCGCCAGGACACCACUGACAAGAUUGUCCUCAUCAGCAAUUACACAUCAACGCUAGAUCUCUUCGAGCGUCUUUGCCGCAACCGUGCCUACGGCUGUCUGCGCCUGGACGGCACCAUGAACGUCAAUAAACGCCAAAAGCUUGUCGACAAGUUCAAUGACCCCAACGGCGAAGAGUUCGUCUUCUUGUUGUCCAGCAAAGCCGGUGGUUGUGGUCUCAACUUGAUUGGUGCCAACCGCCUGGUUCUCUUCGACCCCGAUUGGAACCCUGCUGCUGACCAACAAGCUCUGGCCCGUGUUUGGCGUGAUGGUCAGAAGAAGGACUGUUUCGUUUACCGUUUUAUUGGAACGGGCACGAUCGAGGAGAAGAUCUUCCAGCGUCAGAGUCACAAGCAAUCACUGUCCUCAUGUGUCGUCGACGAAGCUGAAGACGUCGAACGCCACUUUUCACUUGACAGCUUACGAGAGUUGUUCCAGUACCGGGGAGAUACAAAGAGUGAUACCCACGAUACAUUCAAGUGCAAAAGAUGCAAGCCAGAUGGCAAGCAGUACAUCAAAGCGCCCGCCAUGCUCUACGGCGACACCAGUACGUGGAAUCACUUUAUCAAUGAAAACCUCAAGCCAAUUCAGGACUUGCUACUGCGGCAAGAAUGUGGCGAGCCGGAAGUGUCGGCCGUGUUCCAAUACAUUUCACAUUAA